AUGUCGAAAAGCAAUUCUACAAGAGUGGCUUUAGUUUGUUUGAAAACAUCUCAAAACAUUUACGAACCAAUCGUUGCUUCAAGUUUUUGGGAAGCAUGGCAAAAUCACAAAGGUAAGAUAGAGUUUGAAUUGGCAUAGAUUUUGAUCUUUGAGUAAGGUGCAAUGCAGACGAAGGUGUUUAUUGAAUAUGAGGAGCCUGAAUAAGCAUAGGAUGCUAUCAACUGUUUAAAUAAUACGAAAGUGAUGAAUAAUAUAAUUUGCAAUGUUUACCCUUCCAGGCUCAGAGAACUGAAAUUGGAUAAUGUGCCAAACACAAAAGGAAUGGAUUUGACUUAGAAGUUACCAUUUAGUAUGCCAUCAUUGUGGGACUUGAAUGUGAAUGAGGAUGAGUCUGCAUAACAAGUGUCGGAGGAGAGACUCGUGGACAUCAGGAAGAAGCUGAGUCUGAUUGACGAGGAGAUAAGUCGGACGAUAGAGAGUAAAUUAGACACUGCUUUAAUAAAGCUGUAUCAGCAGACGAAGUGUUUGAGAGUUCUGAUGGGAGACUAUCAACUAGAGGAGAUCCUGCACAAGACUAGCAAAUAUGGCAAAAUAGUUUACCUGAAGCAAGCAUAAUAGGAAGUGUACGUGAAGUAUGACUCAGAUAAGGAGUGUUAAUAAGCCUAUGAGGAGCUCAAGGACCAGCUGAUUGUGCAGAUCAAGUACAAUUUCGAGAGCAUCCCUGGCUACGUGAUGGUGAACUCAAAUUGCUGA